AUGCCUCGCCGUAGUUCUGCUGGUAGUGGUGAAAGCCCGGCCCCCAGGCGAGCGAGCGCCCGGAUAGCGGCCGCCCAGAGUAACAAACCCCCGUCUGCCUCCCCUUCACCUGCUAAAAAACCCACACCCAAGCGGGCGUCUAAGGUGAAUUUUCAUACGUCUCCAUUAUUGUAUUAGAAAGUCGUUGAGGAUGCCCCGCCGCCUUCCGUCGAAGAUAAAGUCGACGCUAAUGGUACUCAAGAGGUACCCGUCGAGAAAUCGGGUGAUGCGGAGGUCGCGCUCGAACCAGCCACAAAGAAAGCAAAAGUAGAAGGUACCCCAUGAUUAUUACGUCCUGAUUGCUUAGGCGAGGCACCCUCUCAGCCGGACCACGCCGAUCACACCGAAGGCAAAGCAGUAGCUGUUGAUGAGAAGGACGUUGCCAAAGAAGAUCCCUGUGAGUUUUUUCCUGACACGACUGUGACCAAGGCUGAUCCAGCCUAGGUCGUCCCUUUCCUCACGGAUUUGUGUUCUUACAAUUCGCAGCGUGCCACGUUUCCAUGUGCCUAAGUAUUAAAACCUGAACAGUGCCCUGUCUCGCAUCGACCCGCCCUGUAUUUCACUUUUUCAAGUUGACUCUAACCUAUUCUUACUUAAUGGUGUUGGAGUCUAGUAGGGUUGCCUGCUACUCAGAUCUUGCAAGAAGACGGCCCUGGCAACAUUGCGCUAGCGGGUUCUAUUUUUGCUCAAUCCGUGGUUGGAUAUCUGGUUGGCUGAUGCAUUCGUUAAAGGGAAAGUUCCAGGUAGUCUGUUUCCCAUGUCUCCUUAUCGGAUCGUGGGGUCCUAUGCAUCUUACCGUCACUUUCUAUCGCGUUUGGCACAGCACGAAAUCCAUGGAGUGCACGCAUAAGCAUGCAGGCUCUGUUGCUCCGCCGAUCGCUGAAUGCAGAAAGCGACACACCUAGGAAGUCUGAGCAGUCCUCCAACCGAAGUGACUCGGGUCGGCGAGUACAGUUGGAGUAUGCGUGCGUCUUUGGCGCUUUUGACGCCACUCGAGAACGAACUGACGGGUAGAUUAUACAUAACGGGCAUUUAUAAGAUUCAACCAAUCGUAAAAAACCACAGACUAACAAAGUGCUCACAGCAGAAGCUUUUACCAGGACCAACUGCGUCUUAUAGGCUACCUGGUGAGGGCCACAUUUCAAAAUUAUGCUUGCAACAGGUGCUUCUACGCGUUGCUCAUAGUGUUGCAGGGGUAUAAUCACUGUCAGUUCUCAGCUAUCCCUCUGAUCUUUAGCUUCCGCGAAGGAGAACGCUCACAUAGAGGAGCCCGGUUUCGAAGUUAUUGACAAGGAAUCAGUCCCUAAACCCGAUAGUGAGGAAGUUCGUGACGCGGUUUCCGCUCAAGGGGAAGAUGGACAGCUGCUCGUUAAUUUUGUCCAAGUUUCAAAAGACGACGUCCCACCCGCCGACGCCCCCGAGGUCGCCAUUACUAACAACGACCACGGACACUCCACCAGCGAGACACCUGCUACUGAGACACACAAUCAGACCAUUCCGGAAGCCAAGGUUCUUCCGUCCGAAAAGCAUCAAUGCAACGAUUCAAACGGAAUUGACGGAAUCGCCCAAAACGACGGUUAGUUUUUUUUUGUAUCUACUCACGUGCUGGGCAUUUCUUGGCCUUUGGGCAUCUAUCUCUUCACCGCGUCUUUGUUAUUUUAGGCAAGGAGAAACUUCACAGUGAUGCUCCCCCUGAAGCCACUAUGGCGGAUGCCGUGUCCGUUUCUCAUGAAAAAACGGACGAAGUUGAGCCGCAGAAUGUAGAAGCAACUCACUAA